GAGGGACAAGCCUUCGUCAACCCAUAUUCCGCCAUCUCUUUUGGGAUCAGCAACAGAGGUUUCUGGUUUCUGUCAAGAUUCUUUAACAAAGCUGCAGAAGAAACAUCGCAACAGUGAAAUUUCCGGGGCCAAGAUCAAGCUCAAACCAAGCUGAUCUUCCAUGGCAGCAUCGGUCUCUGUUUCUGAAUCCCUGAUGUCAGUUUUGAACAAUUCCCCUAGUGGCUUAGGCAAAGAAGAAUAUACCAUUACUCACUUAGCAGAGGAUUCUGAUAACAACUUUGAUGUGAUAACCCGUGAUCAGAUCUACAAGGAAACAAUGCUCUCUCGGCUUAACUUUCUGAGUAACUACAAAACCAAGUCGGUACUAAAAUCAUUUCCUUUGGAAAAUAAACAGCAUGAUGUAUAUUUGCUAACCCGAGACGAUAUUCGAAGGCACAAGAAAAAAUAUGACUUUCUGCAUAUCGGACUUGUGCAAGUUUUUGUUAGUCCUCUUCAUCAUCGAGGUUGUGAUCAGAGAGUCUUAGUGUGCUUACGUGAUGCGAAAUAUCCAAACUUUAAAGACUCAAUCUUUGCUGCAUUUGAGAUGAUCAGCUUGAAAAAGGGUUUCUCAAAUUUCAAUUGGUUCCCAAAUUUCUCGUCAUCUUUUUCUGAUCUAUCAAAGUCCAACGGCUUAGUGAUAACUGUGGAGCCGCAUGGCCUUUCGUUUAUAGAAGGUUCUCAUACGUUGGCGAUUGAAUACAGAAUGUGUUACAAACUGAUGAAGGGAUCUCUUGAACCCAGAACACAUCUUGAAAAUCCUAUCUUGGAGUUGAAAACAGAAAACAUGAAAGUUCUUGCACCUAGAACCUUUAGCGGGAACUGAACUGAAUCUAAUGGGUUCGCUGAGAAAUCUCAUUUCUGGAUAGCACAUACAAGUGAGUAUUUUAAGUUUAUCCUUCUUUAUAGUUUGAAGAAAUUAUGAUGAAGAUUAAUGUAUGAAUUAAGAUCGAUGAUGUAGCCGUCCAUCUAGUACUGGCGUUUGAUGUGUUCCUGCUUUGUAAAUUCCAGUUUUAAUGUAUUAGUAAUGUUUAUACCUAAACCAAAUGAUGGAAUUAACAUUUGGAGUCCUGGGGUAUGAUGUUUUUGCCA